CUCAAUCAGAUGUGGUAGGGAUAUUCCAAAAUGGUAGAUGAUGUUGGAAUUUGAUCGGUUUGUGUGUGAUAUUAAAUUUUAUUUUUUGUGUCGGCAGAGAUAUGUCGCGUCUGGCCGAUUAUUUUGUGAUUAUUGGAUAUGAUCAUGAAAAAGAAAGGAGUGGUCAGAGCAAUGGACUAAUUCUGCAGCGAUUUCCAAAAACAGACUGGAGUGACACACCGUUUAUCGAAGGCAUUGAAUGGUUUUGCCAACCGCAAGGAUGGGCCCUGUCGACCGAGCGUCAGGAGCCUCAUUUCUUCGUUUCCGUGCUGACAGACGUGGACGCCAAUCGGCACUACUGCGCAUGCCUCUGCUUCAACGAGACCGUCUCCAUCACCCCUAGCAAGCCCGUCGAUGAGGAUGAAGAUGGCCUGGAAAGCGAUCACAUGCCCACCAUCACCCACCAUAGCAUCAUGUAUGCCCCCAAAUGCCUCGUCCUCGUGUCCAGGCUAGACUACAUUGAGACAUUCCGAAACUGCUUGGGCAUAAUCUACACAGUGUACGUGGAGAGUGUUGGGGGCGUGGCGAUUGAGACACUGGUAGGCAACAUCCUGGGCUGCAUCCAGGUGCCGCCUCCGGGUGGGCCGCAGGUGCGGUUCUCCAUAGGGGCGGGGGACAGGCAGGCGUUGCAACCGCCCCUCACGCCUUCACUGCCUGUCACCAACACCGCUGUUUGUUUGCUAUUCCAACAGCUCGGUAUCCGUAACGUGUUGUCGUUAUUCUGCGCGAUCAUGACAGAACACAAGAUCCUGUUCCAGUCGCAGUCGUACUCACGACUGACGGAAGGAUGUCGUGCGCUGACCGCCCUCAUGUACCCGUUCCGAUAUUCACACGUCUACAUCCCCCUGUUGCCUGCCGCAUUGGUGGAGGUCCUCUCCACACCCACCCCCUUUGUCAUGGGGGUGCACUCCUCGCUCAAGACUGAUGUUUCCGAAUUGAUGGACGUGAUAGUAGCUGACCUAGACGGAGGUUCAGUCAUGGUACCAGAUGGUGUCAACCUGCCUCUCCUACCUGAACCUCUGCUCUCCGACACACUGUCGUGGCUGCGCCUAGUUUUGCAGCCGCAACUGGGCAGUGCCGACCUGGCGUUUCCGCCCUCGCCGCCCCCAAGGCCCCUGCAGCCGCCCCUCCAGGACAAGCAGAUUCGCGCCGUGUUUAUGCGCGCCUUUGCUCAGCUGCUGCACGGCUACAGGAGUUGCUUGACCAUCAUUAGGAUACACCCCAAGCCGGUUAUCACCUUCCACAAAGCUGCCUUCCUGGGCGAACGCGGUCUGACUGACUGUGAUUUCACGACGCGCGUCCUGGACUGUAUGUUCUUCACGUCGUUUGUGACGGAGCGCGGUCCGCCGUGGCGAGCGUGUGACUACUGGGACGAGCUGCAUGCCAACAUUGCCGACCUGCUCAAGGCCGAAGCACACGAUCCAAAGGCUCUGCUAAACAAUAUCGAGGCACUAGCACAACAACUGUACACCAACGAGAAUCCGAACCCACAGCCUUAUGUACAGAAAAUACUGAAACCUCCCGAGGGCGCCUUUGCCAGAAUACACCAGCCCUCAUUCCCGCACAUCAACGAGGACCAGGUGCAACUUAUACUCGACGAGGGACUCGCCAAAAACAAUCUACAAGCCAGGCUUUCCUCACUGAAGCCAAUCCCUCCUAGGAUAGUACCAGUAGGAUCACACGUUUCAAUAGUGAAUGACCCAAGGCACUCUGUUAGCAAUUCGGCGCGUCGUCUAGAGGUGCUUCGAAACUGUAUCAACUGCAUAUUCGAGAACAAGAUAGCAGAUGCCAGGAAGACGUUUCCGGCCGUGCUGAGGGCGCUUAAGUCACGAGCUGCCCGGCUUGCAUUGUGCACUGAGCUGGCCCGCCAUGUGCAAGGCAACAAUGCCAUGCUAGAGCAUCAGCAGUUCGAUCUGGUCGUCAGGCUUAUGAAUUGCGCUCUACAGGACGGAUCAUCAAUGGACGAAUAUGGAGUAGCUGCCGCACUCUUGCCACUAUCUACGGCUUUUUGUAGGAAGCUGUGCACUGGUGUCAUUCAAUUCGCUUACACGUGUAUACAGGAGCAUGCAGUUUGGCAGAAUCAGCAGUUUUGGGAAGCAGCUUACUACCAGGAUGUCCAGCGUGAUAUUAAAGCUCUCUACCUGGAGCCUCACAACAAUACAGCACACACUCCUCAAAGUCCUCGUGAUGGUGGGAGAGAGUUUGUGUGGAGAGAGUCGAGAGGUCGCGGCAAUGCUCAUAGCAGAAGUCAGGAGCCGACCGCCCUGGAAAUCGCAGCCGAACAAAUGAGGAAAUGGCCUUCCAUUGAUGCCGAUAAACAAAAAGAGCUGACAAACAGUGAGGAAUCGACUCUAUACAGUCAAGCGAUCCACUAUGCGAAUCGCAUGGUAUAUUUGCUGGUGCCUCUUGACACCGGAUACAAGACACAUAAACAGGACAACCAGUUAGACGAGGAACGGACUAGCAAUAUCACUAACAGUCUGCAACACUCAAGAUUGUCUCUGCCAAGUCUGUUGGAUCCCAUUCAUGAAGUGUCAGAUUCGAGUCUGUUCUACGCAAGUCUUGAACAGCUUCCCACCAACAAAAAAUCUCCCGCCACUGAAAAGAAUUUGAAGAAAGUUGUACAGAAACUGUUCUCAAGGUCGAGCGUGGCGGAAAGUGACAGUGGGGAUGUGGAGUCUGGAUUCGACGAACAGGAGCCGGGGGGAGGGGGGUUGGGAGGUGGUCGAGCAGGAGACACUGAAGCGGCUGUCAUAAGGAUGGUGUCGCGAUUUGUCGACAAGGUUGGUAACGAAGGUGGAGUGACAACAGACCACAUUCGCAGUUUGCACCAGAUGAUUCCCGGAGUGGUGCAUAUGCAUGUGGAGACCCUGGAGGCUGUGCAUAGGGAAUCGAAACGGUUACCACCCAUACAGAAGGCUGUAUUUGAGGUUGAACUGUUUCAGAUCAUUAUAAUUUCUUGUGAGCAGAUAGUGGUGAGAGCUUUUCCAGUGACGUCAUUGACAAAAGAGAAACGAAUUUCAGUGCAAUAUCUGGCGCAUCUCGACCAGUGGCUACAGGAAGGACUGCAACUCCGUUCUUGCACAUUCCAGUUGAUGAAGGUGGCUUUUGACGAGGAGGUGACGAUGGAGAGCAUCGAGUGCUUUCGCAAGCUGAUUCACAAGGUUCGCUACCCGCCGCACAUAUUCCACCAUUUUGCAUUCACCGGCCAAGUGGUUGUGCCGCAGACGCCCACCGACGGAAAGGCCAAGAAUGCCACACUCAAAGGUUUUGCGAAGAAGACGUUGUUGAAAACAGCGCGGAAAGCAGGGUUCAAGCAGAAAGCAUCCAAACGACAGAAGUACGUUCUGCCGAAUGUUGGCAAUAGUUCGAACAAAUACAUGACUUCACCUGGCAGGAUGAGUCUUCCACUGGCUGAUCAGGAUGAUGUCUCCGCUGAUUUGAUGAAGGUGGCUUUUGACGAGGAGGUGACGAUGGAGAGCAUCGAGUGCUUUCGCAAGCUGAUUCACAAGGUUCGCUACCCGCCGCACAUAUUCCACCAUUUUGCAUUCACCGGCCAAGUGGUUGUGCCGCAGACGCCCACCGACGGAAAGGCCAAGAACGCCACACUCAAGUUAGUCUUGAUGAAGGUGGCUUUUGACGAGGAGGUGACGAUGGAGAGCAUCGAGUGCUUUCGCAAGCUGAUUCACAAGGUUCGCUACCCGCCGCACAUAUUCCACCAUUUUGCAUUCACCGGCCAAGUGGUUGUGCCGCAGACGCCCACCGACGGAAAGGCCAAGAAUGCCACACUCAAAGGUUUUGCGAAGAAGACGUUGUUGAAAACAGCGCGGAAAGCAGGUUUCAAGCAGAAAGCAUCGAAACGACAGAAGUACGUUCUGCCGAAUGUUGGCAAUAGUUCGAACAAAUACAUGACUUCGCCUGGCAGGAUGAGUCUUCCACUGGCUGAUCAGGAUGAUGUCUCCGUUGACGAGUUUGAGGUGGGUGUUCCUCCAGGCUUGAUAGCGCCCGCAGCCGACGCGAAGACACUGGAGCGACUGAUUGAACGGGUCUACGUCAAGGACUGGAUGCGACUGGGUCUGGGCUGCAGCAGCAGUGGCAACUCGUCGAAAAACAAGGACCCUUUUCGAAUCACCUCCAUCAAUAGCACCUACUCUGUCUGCCAAAGCUACCCAGCACUGUUAGUGAUGCCGGCCGGUGUGUCGGACGAAAGCCUGAAGCGGUUCUGUCGCUGCUACCGACACAGCAGGGUGCCUGUGAUCACGUGGAGACAUGCACGCACCAAGGCACUCCUGUUGCGAGGGGCCGGCUAUCACGGCAAGGGGGUCAUGGGCAUGCUCAAGAGCUCGCAUCCUAGCUCGGCUGGUGUGUCGGGAGUUUCGGAGACAACAACAACGUCGUCGCUGGAACAGGAGAAGUACGUGAGCACCCUGGUGGCGGCCACGCCAGCCCCGCAGCUGGCACUGAGAAGUGGUGGUGGUGCGGGAGGUGGAGGGGGCACUGGUUGGGACAGCAGUCUCAGCAUUAACUCACUGCUGCAGGCGGCUGAGGACAGCUGUAAUCCACUCACGCCGGAGGCGUCGCGACGCUCCAAUCCGUUCAAUAAGGCUGCCGGUAACGCUGGGGGGUCAAGCGGUGGCAAAGCGGGCAAAAGCUUUGGCCGCUGGGGUUCGCUGAAGGAGCGCCGCAACAGCUCGUCGGGGGGCACCCUGGUGGCGGGUGGCGGAGCAGGGGGAGGCCAGGGGGGUGCAGGGGGCCUUCGUCUGCCCAUGAACCCCUCGCGGCUGUCGGCCGACUCUGAUUCGGGCACAGAGUGUGUGCAAACACUGCAGCGAGCUGCGCUCUACAUUUUGGGAGAGAAAGCUCAUAUGAAGGGUGUGAAAGCAGACGCGGUGCCGAAGACAGACUUCAUUCCCGUGGAGUACGCGGAUGUACGUCACACGAAGGCUGCCUUCAAGAAGUUGAUGCGUGCCUGUGUGCCCAGUUCAUCGAGUCAGGAACCAGAACACUCUUUCCACAAAUUGGUGGAAAGUUCGGAAUGGCUGCAACAGAUUAAGAACGUGAUGCAGCUGUCGGGAGCCGUGGUCGACCUGCUUGAUGUACAAGGCUCAUCCGUGGUCAUCUGUCUCGAGGAUGGCUGGGAUAUCACCUCACAGAUCUCGUCGGUGGCUCAGUUAUGCCUAGACCCGCACUACCGCACGAUAGAGGGCUUCCGAACCCUGGUGGAGAAGGAGUGGUUGGCGUUCGGCCACAGGUUCAGUCACCGGAGCAGUUUGGCGGCCACCUCGUCACAGGCCAGUGGUUUUGCGCCCACCUUCCUCCAGUUCCUCGAUGUUGUGCAUCAGAUCCACUGCCAAUUCCCGCUAGCUUUCGAGUUCAACGACUACUACCUUCGGUUCCUGGCCUACCACUCGGUGUCCUGUCGCUUCCGCACUUUCCUGCUGGACUGCGAACUGGAGCGAGUCGAGUAUGGCAUCACAGCUGUCGAGGACAAACGGGGAUCGCUCACCUCGCAUCACAAGGGUGUCGACACUGGCUCUGACGACGAGGGCAUCUAUCCAGGUGGUCGCCUAGCCGGAACACAUGUAGGAACAAAUUUAGGACAAUCGGUCUUUGAUUACAUUGAAAAGCAGCAUGGCAGAUCUCCCAUUUUCUACAAUUUUAUGUACACGCCUGAUACCGAACAUCCGGUAUUGAGACCUCAAGCUCACUUAGCCAACCUGGACGUGUGGAGGUAUUAUCUGAGGGAGGAGUUGUCACACGGACCCAGCUACGACCUGGAGGUGAUUCAGAUGGACACCCAGCAAGAGGAGGAGGCCGAGGCAGCUGACGGCAUCAUCAACAAGUCAUCGAGGAAAGUCGUCACCUUGGGUUACGACGAUGUGGAUAGACAUGCUCCGGAUGCAUUCUCCUAUCUGCUGGAAGAAAUUCAUAGGAUAGAAACUGAACUAGGACAUCUUCCGCAAAAGUGGAAAGUUCUAUGGGAUAAACUGGAGCUGCCCACUACUGACUCGCUCACUCGACACGCAUCAUUCAGCACAGACCUGGUUCGUUCACACGGUCGUCUCCUGCACAAACGGUCCACCCUCGAGAUACUGAUGCGAGGCAAGAUGGUCGGAGGCGGAGGUGGUGGUGGGGGUGUUGGAGGGGUGGGUGGAGGGGGCAGUUCGAGUGAUGUGGGUGGUGGGGUAGGGGGUGGCUCGGGGGGUGGAGGCGGAGCAGUGGUCUAUUCGCAUCCGCACCGAUUCGAGCGGCAUAACUUCACCACGCCCACCUACUGUGACCUGUGCACUAAUGUACUCUGGGGCCCUGUCAAGACUGGCCUGAAAUGCAUAGACUGCGGCUACAGUUGUCACGAGAAGUGUUUGGAGGGAGUGCCGAAGAACUGCACCAAGUACAAACACCAGGCGGCAGAUGGCGGCACCAGUCAGACCCUCACGCGAAGUGGAGGCGACACCUCGUCUGUCAACUCUAGUAUAAAUCCAAUGCAGACGACGAACCAGCAGUACUACGACCAGUACUCGUCGAAUGUGGCCGAGAACAGGACGCACGAGGGCUAUUUGUACAAACGCGGAGCCCUGCUGAAGGGGUGGAAGCAGCGGUGGUUUGUACUGGACUCGAUCAAACAUCAGCUCAGGUACUACGAUGCCAUGGAGGACUCGCACUGUAAGGGAUAUAUUGAGCUUUCUGAGGUGAUGUCAGUGACCCCGGCCGCCCCCUCUCCUGGACCUCCAAAGAAAACUGAUGACAAAUCUUUCUUUGAUUUGAAAACAAACCGCAGAACUUACAACUUUUGCGCAAGCGACGCGAAUGUCGCUCAGGAUUGGAUAGAAAAAGUUCAAGCUUGCCUUCAAUAAACUCUCUCACACUCACUCACUCUCUCUCUUUCUCUCCAGCUGAUCGUCUAUUG